AUGCGGUUCUUGACUGCCCUCUCUGUCGUGGCGGUCGCCAACGGCGUAGCCGCCAGCACAUGGUUCCCCGGCUCUAAGCCUGUCUACAAUAAAUGGCACGAGACCGAGUUGGAGCGCUGGCUCUCUGAUCACGACAUCCCCUAUCCCACUCCCGCCGAUCGUAAGGACCUGGAAACACUUCUCGAGAAGAACUGGGAUGCCUAUGUCGUCUCCCCAUACAACAGCUGGGACACCGCCCAGCUGAGCUCCUAUUUGCAAGCCAAGGGCAAAGAGACCCAGGAAGAGGCCGCUGCCACCAAAGACAGCUUGCUGUCCCAGGUCAAGGCCAACUGGUACGAGACUGAGGACAAUGCCCAGUCUGCUUGGCUCAACGUUCGAGACUGGAUCCUCGACACAUGGACUGAGAGCCAGUUGAAGGCUUUCUGUGACAAGAAUGGUAUCCCCGUCCCCCAGCCUCGUCAGCGAGACACUCUUCUCCAGAAGGCCCGUUCCGGUUACGAGACUGCUGCUAAGAAGGCUAAUGAGGCUACUUCGUACCCUGGAAACUGGCUGUAUGAGAGUUGGUCUGAGUCUGAUUUCAAGGAAUGGCUCGACACCCAUGGUUUCCCUGCUCCCCAGCCAAUGACCCGCGACAAGCUCAUUGCCUCUGUGCGCCGCAACUCUCGCCUUGCCUACCUCCGAGCUCAAGACCAAGCCGCCAGCGCCACGGCCAGCGCCCAGGCUGCCUACGCUACGUUGACUGACAUGAUCAUUGACGCCUGGAGCGAGUCUCAGCUCAAGGAGUUCUGUGACAAGAAUGGCAUCGCUGUGCCUCAGGGUACCAAGUCCAACGAGCUCCGCGCUUUGGUCCGCAAGCACCGUGCCGAUAUCCUAGGAGACAACAUUGCUGGUAGUGCUUCCUCCGCCUUUGGUGCGGCCACCUCCAACGCGCAGAACCAGUACGCCAAGGCUACCGACAGUGCCUCGCUCGCCGCUCAAGACGCUUUCAACAAGGCUGUUGGCACGUGGUCUGACAGCCGACUCAAGGCCUACCUCGAUGCUCGCGGCGUUCCUGUUCCCCAGGGAUCCAAGAAGAAUGACCUCGAAGCUCUUGUUCGCAAGAACUCGCACGUCGCCGCCCACGGAGGCAACGCGUGGACUUUCGAUGACUUCAGCUACGAGAACCUCAAGAAGUACAUCUCCAGCCAAGGUGAUGCAACUGCGAAGAAGGUCGUGGACAAGAAGGAUGCCAGCCGUGAUGAGCUUUACAGUGCCGCCCAAUCGGCCUACUCUUCUGCCUCAUCCGCUGGCGGAUCUACUUGGGCUUCUGCCACCAACUACCUCACAGCUGCGACUGCGUCUGCUAAGCAAAGCGCCUUCGACCAGUGGACUGAGACCGACCUCAAGGCGUAUCUCGACAGCUAUGGUGUGCCCGUCCCCCAGGGUUCCAAGAUCGAGGAUCUGAAGGCUCAGGCCCGGAAGCAGUCUACGUACUUCAAGUACGGCACCAACUCUCCCGCGGAGACUUUCUUCGCUAAAAUCGGAGAGACUUGGAACUGGAUCACCAGCCAACUCAAGAUUGGUGGUGAGGCUGCCAAGCAGAAGGCUGCUGAGACGGAAGAGGAUGCCAAGGAGAAGAUUCGUGAGGAGCUGUAA